AUCAUUGUUGCUAUGACAGAAUCCAACAUGUCUGUAUUAAAUAUUAUGCGAAUGGGAAUUAGAGAAUUAUAUAAUUUUGUUUAAACAUUAAAUUCGUUUUUGUAUGUUUUGAAAUUCUAUGAAUAGAUCAGACAUUUUUUGCAGUGUGGACAUUAGUGAGUCAGCAGUCAAGGUUACCCUCUGGAUAUAGAGUGGUGAAUGGAGGGAUAUCAAUAAAUAACAGCCACCUCUAUUUUAAGGUUUAGUAUAAAACUCCAGCUCGCGUCAUGUGGUUGUAUUUGGUGUUGUUUGUGGUGCUGUACUUUAUUUACAAAUGCGCGGUGGAACCGAUAUUCUAUUGGCGUAAACGAGGGAUACCGCAUCAUACACCAUGGCCGAUCUUCGGCAACUUCUAUUCUGUUAUGAUGCAGAAACAGUCCUUCCUAGGCUUUCAAGAAGAUAUUUAUAAAGCCUUUGAUAAACACCGUUACAAUGGUUUCUUCCAAUUAACGUCUCCUACUCUUUACAUCCGUGAUUUGGACUUGGUCAAAGACGUGCUUGUGAAGCACUUUGAUCACUUCACCGACCACCGUUCAGUUGGUAGCGAGUAUGAUGUCUUGUACUAUAAAAAUCUCUUCUCUCUGAAAGGCAACGAAUGGCGUGAAAUGCGCGCUUACUUAAGUCCUGCAUUUGCUCCCAGUAAAAUCAAAGCAAUGUUUGAUUUAAUGUCGCAAUGUGCUCAACGCCUUACCGAAUUCCAUCUUGAAAAAAGUCUUGAAACACCACAGAUUGAGGUGGAACUCGGUGACAUUUUCAAAAAGUACGCUAACGACGUUAUUGGAACAUGCGCUUUUGGAGUGGAAUGUGAUUCACUAAGGAACCCAGAGAAUGAAUUUUACAGGAACGGAAUGGACGCGACGAAUUUCACCGGAUUUAGCGGCGUGAAAAUAAUGCUAGCGCAUUUUGCACCGGAUCUCUUUAAGUUUUUUAAUAUGAAAGUCCUGCCACAAAAUGUUUCGGAUUUCUUUAUUAAUCUCAUCAAAGAAAGCCUUGCUUAUAGAGAAAAGAACAAUGUGAUUAGACCGGAUGUUAUUCAAUUGUUGAUGGAUGCUAGAAAAGGAAAACUAAAACAUGAAAAGCAGGAAACUCAAGUGUUAGAUGAUGGCUAUUCUGUGAUUGAGGAAUCUGCGGUUGGUAAAGUUGAUGUGAGACUGGAGGCUACACUUUCCGAUGAAGACAUUGCAUCCCAAUGCUUCAUCUUCUUUUUUGCGGGACUGGAUACCAUUCCUGCUUUGUUGAACUGUGCCAUUACAGAGUUAGCGAUUGAUCCUGAUAUUCAAUCGAGGCUAUUUGUAGAAAUACACACAUUGAUGCAAGAAACUAAUGGAAAACCAACUUAUGAAAAAGUUAUGGAGAUGAAAUACUUGGACAUGAUUCUGUCAGAAACCUUACGAAAAUGGCCUGCAGCUUCAGCCAUCGAUCGAGUUUGCACUAAGGAUUUCACCAUUGAUCCUAUACAUCCUAACGAAGUUCCUGUAACGAUUAAAGGCGGUGAUCGUAUUGGAAUUCCUACCGGUGGGAUUCAACGAGAUCCUCGCUAUUUUCCAAAUCCUGAGAAGUUUGACCCGGAGCGUUUCGCACCCGAGAACGUUAAAAAAAUCUUGCCUUACACAUACCUGCCUUUUGGACUUGGACCUAGAGGUUGCAUUGGAACUCGUUUUGCGCUGCUGGAAACGAAAAUCGUGAUGAUUCAUCUCCUGUCCAAAUUUGAGGCUGUUGUAAUAGAAAAAACUUCGGUGCCACUCACCUUAUCCACGAAGUCUAUGAAAUUUGCGCCGGACAAUGGCUUCUGGGUUGGUUUGCGGCGUCGUCAGGCUUGUCCAUGAAUAUUAAUCAUUAUUUGUGAUACAAAUAUUUUAUAUUUUGAUUUUGUAUUAUAAAACUUUGCAUAAAUAAAGUUGUUUUGAAAUUUA